AUGGUCCUGACGCGAAGGUUGAAGUUCGAUACCCCAAGAAUAAGAAUGAAUGGACAAGACAUAAUAAUGGAAAAGGAGAUUAAAUUACUGGGAUUGACGAUAGACGAUGGGCUAACGUUUAAUAAGCAUGUGCAAAAUGUCACAAGAAAGGCGGCAGAUAUACAAAAGAAAAUAGCAAGAAUGGCGAAGCUGGAAUGGGGAAUGACGGGGGACAUGGUACACCAGGUAUACCAAGCCGUCAUAGAGCCGAUAGUGACUUACGCGUCGGCAGCCUGGGCACCGACAGUUAAGAAAUUGUGCACAAGGAAAAAACUGGAGACGGUGCAGAGGGCUUUCGCACAAAAAAUAGCGAAGACGUACAGGACGGCAUCGCUAAAUUCCGCGACGCUAUUGGCGGGGAUACUGCCCCUCGACCUCAGGGUGGAAGAAGCCGCCGCGAUGUUUGAGGCCAGAAGGGGGUCGUCUCCGUUCAUACGCGAAGGAGACCGGAUUGAGCGAGCCGUACCUGCGUUAGAACAACCCCAUCCCGCGGAAAAACCGGAUAUUAGCUUCGCCAUCACCAAUGACCCUGGCCUAAUUCAAAAUGACAACAAAACGGCAAUUUACACGGACGGAAGUAAGACGGAAGGAGGAGUAGGAGCCGCCUGGUCCAAAUGGGAGAAUGGAAGGGAAAAGAAGUGGAAAAAGAUAAAGAUGGCCCCUUACUGCACCGUGUAUCAAGCAGAGCUGGCAGCUCUCGUUGGUGCAGUGAGGGAGGCGAUGAUAGCGGGUACUGACGUGAACAUCUGCAGCGACUCGCGGUCUUCGCUCGAGGCGAUUGCGGGCGGACGCUCUCGAAAUCCCCGAGUAAUCGAGAUCCGCAGACACCUGGUGGAGAGCCUUAAAAAGGGCCAGAACAUUAAACUCCACUGGGUGAAAGCGCACGUCGGCACGGAGGGGAAUGAGAGGGCGGACGAACUUGCGAGAGCCGCUGCGGAGACCUCGAAAGUCAAAGCGGCUCACGUAGAGUACCCGCUGUCAUACAUAAGGAAAGAGAUUAGAAGGAAGACAAUUGAGGAAUGGGACCGGCGGUUUAAAGAAGGAACGAUAGGAGGAACCACAAAAUUGUUCCUGACAGAUGUCACAGCGGCACACAAACUAGUGAGGAAAAAAGAUUUAGUCCGGAAAUGA